AUCAUUUGCUCUAAAUCGAAAGCUCUUUUUCUUUGCGGGGUGAAUCAGCAAAUAAUGCCACAGACGCCUUCAGUGAACCGAAUCAGCGUGACACUCUUUAACCUGACUAAUAUUAAAAGACAGCGAUACACCUGUAAAGGAUGAAGUGUCCAAACUGUGAUCAUGUUGCUGUGGAGGAGAAAGCAAAGUUCUGCAGUCAGUGUGGGACUCUACUUACAGCAAAACCUCCUGAGAAAACCCAAAAAACACCACAUGAGUCUACACAGUCUGAAAACAUUCCACAGGCAACGGAACCAGAAUUGACAACAGAAACAAAAUCAGACUCCUCAGUCUUGCCUCAGUCUCCGUCUCCUCUAUCAUCCGUGUCUCCUAAAAGGCCAAAUGACAACAGCCCAAACAUCAAAAAAAAGAAAAAAAAGAAGAAGAAGAAAAAGAAAGCUUCGGAGAAAGACGGGGGGGCUUUAUCUUUGACCUCUGAUCUCUCUGACAUCUCCCUGACUGAUAAAGACACCGGAAAGACACAGGAGGAAGCCCUGUCUUCUGACAGCGAGGAAUCAGUGUGUCCUAUGGAUGAGACUCCUGACUUGGCUGAAAGUCAUUCCAUCAUGUCUCCUGGAUCAUCUCUCAUCAACCCAUCAGAAGAAAAAACUGGUGAUCUCAUGAUACCUGAGGGACCUGAAAGACCUUUUCCUGAGGUAGAUACUAAUAAGAACAUGGCUUCAGGAGAACAAAGCGAGAAAGGUUGUCCUGAACCUGGAGAAAUGCAAGACCAAAAAUCACGGUGUGAUGAAGAGCCCACUCAUCAGGACAGUGAUAGAUCACUUCCAACAGCUACAGAAACACUGAAACAAGAACAGGCAGGUGACCAAAAGAAACCCAAGCAUGAGGUUCAGAAAGAUGUAUUUAAGACACAAAAUCAAAAAGAUGACAGCAUGCCAAGCAAGAGAGACGAAUCUCCAAAAUCACAAAGCCAGAAAGAUGAAUCUAAGAAAUCACAAAGCCAGAAAGAUGAAUCUAAGAAAUCACAAAGCCAGAAAGAUGAAUCUAAGAAAUCACAAAGCCAGAAAGAUGAAUCUAAGAAAUCACAAAGCCAGAAAGAUGAAUCUAAGAAAUCACAAAGCCAGAAAGAUGAAUCUAAGAAAUCACAAAGCCAGAAAGAUGAAUCUAAGAAAUCACAAAGCCAGAAAGAUGAAUCUAAGAAAUCACAAAGCCAGAAAGAUGAAUCUAAGAAAUCACAAAGCCAGAAAGAUGAAUCUAAGAAAUCACAAAGCCAGAAAGAUGAAUCUAAGAAAUCACAAAGCCAGAAGGACACUUUGAGCAACAAGACACAAAGCCAGAAAGACUCAUCUAAUAAGAUGCAAAACCAGAAAGAUGCCUUGAAUAAGACACAAAACCAGAAAGAUUCAUCUAACAAGACACAAAGCCAGAAAGAUGCUUCUAAUAAGACACAAAGCCAGAAAGAUGCUUCUAGCAAGACACAACCCGUUCUGGAUCAGAACGCCAAUGUUGAUCAAUCUGCAAAUGCUAAUGCUGGGCCAGGCACACAGAAAACAAAGAGCCAGGAAGAAAAGAAAUCUGAAAUGGUGUUUGGACCACAGAGCAAACCCGAGGUGAAGAGUCUAAGCUCCAGUGUUGAUCCACAGCCAAAGGAAGAUCUUCAGCCCCUGCAGUCUGCUCAUGGGAAAGGAGAUACUUUGAGUGGCCGGAAAAGCCCAGAGUCUAAGAAGCAAAACAGAAGAGAAGAGACAGAUACAAGGAAAGAUUGUCCUCCAGAGAGAGUUCCCACUUCAACUCAGCAGCUUUCCUCAAAGGAGAGACUCACCAUUUACUUUCACGCUGUCUUGUCAAAGGAUUUUAAGUUUGACCCCAAUGAAGAUCGCAUAUUUAUAAGGGCUGGCCCUCAGAUUAGCAAUUGGGAUACCAACCUAGUGGAGCUGACUGUAACACGGGAUCUCAGAGAACAUGGAUUUCUUGUAGAAGGGAGUCUGGUGUCUACAAAGGAAAAAGCAGAAGCUGUGUCAAUACCUUACAAAUAUGUGGUAUAUAAGACAAAAAAGGAGAAAUAUGAGUACGAGUAUAUCUACAAAUUGGAUUCGAGUGAAACCACGAACAGAUGUCUUUUUGUUAAAAGAAAACUACUAAAUACAGAGGGAGAAUGGCAUCAAUAUGAUGACAUCAUCUGCACAGAACCAUCAAAGAAUAUGUUUAAACGAUUAAAGGACAACAUUUGGCCUGAACAGAGGAAAAGUGUGAUCGAAGGACGAGAGAUUGCAGGGCAAAUUAUGCUUCAGACCAUCUUUGAUUUUCUCACGAGCUGGACUGACAUCAAUCUCAGAAACUUCAUCACACAGCUCAAGCAGUUUCAUCAGAUCUACGGAAACCCCUUUGUGUUUGAAGAGAAGGAGAAAAAGUGGUUAGCCUUGAAUUAUAAUGAGAAAGAUGUUAGUAAACUCCUGAAGAACUUUAUGAUUGAACACGUCACUCCAGAACUGCAGAAAGAUGCCUCAAAAAAAAGUGAAUACAUUAAGGAACCUCUGAAGGCUGCUAUCAUUAUGCUGUACUUGUGGAAGCAGUAUGAACUUCAGCUAGAUUGGGGGGAACUUAAUCGUCUUUGCUCUGCCCUCUGCCUGCCAAAUCUGCCUAAAGAUGAAUUUUUACCUUUUUGGACCAACAUCCAGGAGUCAUUCUCAUGCUUGAAAGAUUUGCCUGACACAUUGAUGGAUCUGCUUAACAAGGUGAGGGGGGAAGGGUCACCACGAUGGAUUGUAGCGAUUCCACUUUUGCAUCUGCUCAAGGGAACUUCAAAACCAUUUGAACCUGUUUCACUCACUGUGAGCACAAAAAUUGAACAAACAUGGGCUGGAUUACAAGGACUGAAAUCUUCUACAAAGACAUUAACUUCACAAGACCGAAGAUUCAUGCUGAAUCAAAUGAAAGCAAAUCGUCAUCUUGUGGAAGUGGACACACUGCUGGCUCGAUCAUGGAUGUUCCUGUUGUCUGUCGAUGAGUUGGCGGAAUGCAGCACUCACAUCCAAGUGGAGCUUUUUGACAUGUUGCAGCUUUUCGUUUUCAAAGCCCCAGCUGAACUUUCCUACAGCAGUUCCUCAACUGUGACCGAUACACUGACAUUCAUUCAAAGCCAACUUCUUGAACAAAAAUACAGAUGCUUCUCUGAUGAUUAUGGGAGGAACUGCUUAGGUGCAGCUGUGAAGCUUCUGGAGAAGAUAUGCAAAGGAGCGAAGUAUUCCUACAUGCAUAGUUAUGCAGACAUUCCAGUUGCUUGCUUGAACCUUGUGGUUUCAGUUUCAGACCUUGCCCAAUCUUGCUCCAAACAGGAGAUUCAAGAAAAAGACUUGGGCCAAAAAGAUAUAGAGAAUAGCUCAAAGAUCAUUGAGAUUUUGAGAGUGGCACUGAAAACUAUCAGAACGUGGAUAGGGCAGACCUUUAAGGGAAAACUGCUGCAGUCCUACACUUUCAAUAGCAACCUCACGUCAGAGAUUGAGAUGUGGAACAACAUUAUCUCCAUAACAUUCGAAAGUGAAGAAUUUACCAAGGAGUGGAGGGACACAUUUACUAGAGAUUUUGAAGGAAAAUUUCAACAGGAAUCUCCAAUAGACCAAAUUGAAGUGUACUGCAGUAAAAUUGAAGAUCUUAAUAAAAGCCAUCCUUGUGUGGCAAGAAGUAUUGAGAAUUGUGCCCUACAAGCUGUCACCUCAAUGUGUCAGGCAAAGACCGAAGCAAAACUAUUUGAGAGAUGCAAAAUAAACUGGAAGUUUGGAAAGCUCAUCUCUGCAAUUAUUCAGAAAUCUUGGCCAAAAACUGAGAUUCAGUCUGACCAAGAGAGAGAAGAGGUGGUUCUCAAGCACCUUCUCAACUGGACAGCAGCCAAGAAUAUUUUCCAACUUCAUGGUGCUGAUGAAAAACUGAUUGAUCAGCUAUCUGAAGAGGCUAAAGAAAGACUUGCCAUGGCAACAUCAUUAUUUACAAAUAUUUCCGAUCAGCUCAUCAGAGGAAGCAUAAGGAUUAAAGUUCUCAAUCACAUCUUGGCGAAGAAGGAUAUUUUUACUGAGUUAGUAAAAAUAGACUGUCUCUGCGAAAAUGUCAAAUGCAAAGAUUCCAAUGCCAUGAGGAGGCUACUUCAGUCACGAGAGGAUGAGGUGAAAGCUAUAUAUCAUGACAGCGAGCUUGUUAAAGGGCUCAUUGCAAUGUGCCGGAAUAUUCAGGAGCAUAUAACAGUUGAUUUUGAUAGUCUAGAAGCAAAGCACCAGGUUGACAUUGACGAGAUGGAACUGAAUAAGUUCAUGGAAGUUCAUACGUUUGACCAGAUCCCGUCUACAGCAGCUGGUGUUGUCACAUACUUUGACCUUGAUGCCGAUGUGCGCGACAUGGCUGAGACUCUACACACAUUUAAAGAGAGCUAUAUUUUUAAGAUCUGCUGGGAGAAUCAAGCUAAAGACUAUGCUAGAAGGGCUAGUAGCGAAUUCGAGUCAGAUGAUGAGGAAGAAUUGUGGGCUACGAUCGAUUUGGUUUAUGAAGACAUCUUUCAACCAUGCUACAGUAAAUACCAGGAGAUAUAUAAGAGCUUUAAAGAUGGCAGCAUGAUCUUUGAAAAAGUCGAUCUGAUAUUCAAAGCCUACAUCGGAAGAUAUGAAGAAUUAGCAGAAGAUGCUACAAUUAUGUCCAAACUGGAUCCUGCAGAUGACAAGCGAUGGAUUCAGAGGAGGAUUCAACAGAUAGAACAGUAUCAUGAACUUCACUUGGCAGUGGAAUCAGCUCAAGUAGUCAUGUUGGUGAAGCAGACACUUGGCCUUCAAGGAAACUUCCAAGUCUUGGAGAAGCUGCUUAUAGGAACAGACUUCAAGAAGGAGCCUCUUGACAGUAUUGACAAUGAGCUAAUGCAGGCCAAAACUGUACUGGUGGACAUCACAGAGCCUCGUAGGCUCUGUCUCCAGGAGCUGGGGCUAAGGAAGAACUUUGUUAUGUGGGUCAAAGAAGCGCUUGAAGAUAUCAAUGAGCUGAAAGUGUUUGUGGACCUGGCCUCUAUCUCUGCGGGUGAAAAUGAUCUGGAUGUAGACAGAGUGGCCUGUUUUCAUGAUGCUGUUCUUGGCUACUCGUCAAUGUUGUAUGAGCUAAAGUCAGAAACUAGUUUCAGGGUCUUUAAAGAGGUACUGAAGAAGCUUUGGAAGGCACUUGAAAAUGAUCCCAAUCUUCCAAAGAAAUUGCGUGACACUGCAAGACACCUUGAAUGGUUGAAGACCGUUAAGGAUAGCCAUGGAUCUGUAGAACUGUCAUCUUUGUCAUUAGCUUCAGCUAUCAAUACAAAAGGAAUCUACUUCAUCAAUGCAGAGAGCCAAAAGAAGUUGAGUCUGGAUAAAGUUUUGAAGCUACGGAUUCCAGAGGAGCAUGAUGAGGGCCAUGAGAUGCGAUGUUACUCCCUUGAUGAUCUCAGGGACCUUCAGAAUAAGCUGAUGCUAAUGUCUGGCAAAGGAGAGCAAGGCCAGAAUGAAGUUGACCGAUUUGUUGAGGUUUUUGCCAGUGUACAGAGAUUGGGUUCUGCAUUUAUUGACUUAUUUGUGGCUGGAAAUCCAUUGUUCAGACUGUGGGAGGCAACUGUCUACUGUAAUAGUAAAGAAGCAAGCAUUGUUCUGGACUUCAACUUGGAAAGCGUUGCCAGUGUUGUCAUGGUGAAGGGUGAUGUGGCAGAGCAACUCCUAGAUGUCUGUAAGAAAAUGGAGCGUUGCCUCAGUUUUUGGAAAGAUUUCAUGGACAAGCAAAGAUCUCAAAAUUACUACCUCAACUAUUUUACAGCAGAGCAGAUAGUCUAUCUGUGCAGUCAGUUGAAUCAGAAAAACUUGGCAAAUCUGGAUGAUCAAGCACUCAUGAUGCUCUCUUUCAUCAAGCCAAAUUGCAGUGCCUUAAACUUGAGGCAAAGCUGGCACGUACUUCAGUAUGAGAUGCUUACACAACCUUCCGAGCAAAAUGAAGACAUUGAUUUUCAAACCUUUAUUGAAGUUCCAAAUCAAAAUGAAUAUGAGAUGGAUAUUGAAGGUGUCUCAGCUUCUGAUUUUGGUCCGGAAAAUGAUACUAGAAGGUUUGACAUGAUUUGGAAUAUGUACAUGAGAAAUAUGAAAAGUUUUCUUCCCAAUUCUCUUGAUGUCAGUAGUCUAGGAAGACUUUUGGAAAUUUUGUCUGAUAGCCGCAUUAAAACUGAUGUGGUUACAGAUGAUGUUAAUGAGGAAGAAAAUACUCUUAAAAAGCAUCAGAGAAAUGUACAAAGAGAGCUACCUCGCGGACUGUUCAUUGGAAGACCAAAUCUCGUUAUCUGCCCUUUCACAGAGAUUCAGACUUCUUGUAUCUCCAUUUACAUGAACAGUGCAGAUGAGCCACUACCCACAUAUGAUGAAGUGCUCCUCUGUGAUUCUUCCACUUCAUAUGAGCAAGUAGAGCUGUUCCUUAGGCGCUGUCUCACUGCUGGUUACAAGGGACAGAAGAUAUACACCAUGCUAUAUGUAGAUCAGCUAACGUAUGAAGUGAGCUACAAAGUGGAACAAUUCUUCCAACGCCACAAGGCUCAGAGCAGGAAUGACUACAGACUGGUGUUGAUCUGUAGUACAGAUCGAGAACAUGCCUACCUUCCCUCAGUCUUCAGUCAGUUUCGGCUGCAUAUGGUACCCCAAGAACCCCUUAACAGAAUUCAAGAAUAUCUUGCCAAGCACUACAUGGUCCCAAAGGACUUUUCCAGUGCUGCUGCUGUUUUUAAAAACAAAACGUAUGUGGGAGUUGUAUCCUCGGGAAGAGCAGGUGUUGGCAAAUCGCUUUAUAUACGUCGGCUGUAUGAAAAAUUAGAGUUGAUUACCAAGAAACCCUCACAGCUCAAGUGUAUCCGGUUGAUAGAGCCAAGAGUGGAUGAAAAUGCUGUUCUUCAAUCAAUGCUUAACGGCCCCAAGAUGGAACUAACCAUCUUUCAUUUUGAUAUCACUUCUUCGGUGCAGAAAGGCCUCCAUGAAUUUCUUUUUCGCCUUCUGGUCUUGGGUUACCUCAUGGAUUCAGAAGGAAGAAUGUGGAAAUGCAGCAGUAGGCACCUGUACAUCAUUGAGCUCCUCCAGUCUUGUGCAAAUGUACCUAGAAGUGGCCCAAGAUCCGGCGUAAAUGUCCAGUCAGCCUUUCAGGAUGUGUUUCCAGUUGUCUACUGCCGGACUCCUAAACAGGUCCUCGAGCUGGAAAUGAGAAUGUCAGGAGACUCAACCAUGACUGUGAAUGAUGAUCCCCUUAUGGAUGAUAAAGAAUUCAGAAGUGAGGCUUACCAGCGCCCAUACCAGUAUCUAAAACGAUUCCACCAUGGAAACAACUUGGACGGGUUUAUGUACAGAGGAAUUGAAGGAACCCACGUGGAAUGCCUACAGUUGCUGUUUGUAUACUGUGGGGUCAUGGACCCUUCCUGGGCAGAACUGAGGAAUUUCACAUGGUUCUUGAACCUGCAGUUAAAAGACUGUGAGACAUCUGUGUUCUGUGAUGCGUCAUUUACAGGAGACACUUUACUGGGGUUUAAAAACUUUGUGGUUGAUUUCAUGAUACUCAUGGCUAAGGACUUUGCUACACCCUCUCUAAGUAUCUCUGAUCAAAGCCCAGGGAGGCAACAAAUAGAUAUUUCAGGUGUUAAUGAAGAAGACCUUGCUCCUUUCAGGGUGAGGAAGAAAUGGGAAUCAGAGCCACAUCCAUACAUUUUCUUCAAUGAUGACCAUGUAUCUAUGACAUUCAUUGGCUUUCAUCUCCAGCCAAAUGAUCAGAAUUGGGUAGAUGCCAUUGAUCCAUCGACAAACAGAGUGAUCAAAAAGAACAUCAUGACUAUGGAUCUGUAUGAGGGUCUCAGGCUCCAGAGGGUUCCUUUUAAUAUAGACUUUGAUAGUCUCCCAAGAGGAGAGAAAAUCGAGCGACUCUGCAAUGUUCUUGGAAUACAGUGGCCCCUUGACCCAGAUGAAACUUAUGAGCUGACAACCGACAACAUACUAAAGAUCUUGGCUAUACACAUGCGUUUCAGGUGUGGCAUCCCAGUCAUCAUCAUGGGCGAGACUGGGUGUGGGAAGACCAGGCUCAUUAAAUUCCUCUGUGAGCUACGAAGGAGUGGAGUUGCAACAGAGAAUAUGAAACUAGUCAAAGUUCAUGGAGGAACAAGCUCUGAUAUGAUUUAUACCAAAGUGAGAGAGGCAGAGUCCAUUGCAUGCAGCAAUAAAGAAGAUUAUGGGUUUGACUCUGUAUUGUUCUUUGAUGAGGCAAACACAACAGAGGCCAUCAGCAGCAUUAAAGAAGUACUAUGUGAUAAAACAGUACAGGGUGAAUUCAUGGUGCCAAACACUGGCUUGCAAAUUAUUGCUGCUUGUAACCCAUACAGGAAACACACAGAUGUAAUGAUUAAGAGAUUGGAGUCAGCAGGUUUGGGAUAUAGAGUACGAGCUGAACACACGGAUGAAAAGCUCGGAUCCAUUCCCCUCCGGCAACUUGUGUACAGGGUACAGGCCUUGCCUCCUAGCAUGAUUCCAUUAGUUUGGGAUUUUGGACAACUUAAUGACCGUACUGAAAAAAUGUACAUUCAGCAAAUAGUCCAAAGGGUGGUUGAAAAACACUUUUUUCCUGAGGACUACAUCAAGAUCAUCACAGAUGUCCUAUCAGCUUCACAGAAGUACAUGAGGACAAGAAAUGAUGAAUGUAGUUUUGUAAGCCUGAGGGAUGUUGAACGUUGCAUGCAAGUUUUUGCGUGGUUCUACCAAAAUAAUGAAAUGUUGUUCUCAGAACUUGCCAGGUAUGAAUGUAAUAAGAGAGCACAAAAAAAUGAACACAGUCAGAGAGACGUUGAUGAAAGAGACCCUGUUCUGUGGUCAUUAGUGAUGGCUAUUGGUGUGUGUUACCAUGCCUGCUUGGAGGACAAAGAGAAGUACAGGAACAGAAUCUGUAAAUACUUACCAGGGACAUACAGCCCAGUCAAAUUAAUGCAAGAAAUUUCAGUUAUGCAAGAUCUUCUUCUCAGUGGAGUUCCACUAGGUGAAACUAUUGCAAGAAAUAAUGCUUUGAAGGAAAAUGUUUUCAUGAUGGUGAUUUGCAUUGAGCUACGAAUCCCUCUCUUCUUGGUUGGGAAGCCUGGAAGCUCCAAAUCUCUGUCUAAAACCCUGGUUGCAGAUGCUAUGCAAGGUCAAGCAGCUCAUUCAGACUUGUUCAGAAAACUAAAACAGAUUCAUCUGGUGUCAUUCCAGUGCAGUCCUCAUUCCACACCAGAAGGCAUCAUCAACACGUUCAAGCAGUGUGCCCGUUUUCAGGAGGGAAAGAAUCUAAAUGAGUAUAUCUCUGUGGUGGUACUGGAUGAAAUUGGUCUAGCUGAGGAUUCUCCUAAAAUGCCUCUGAAAACCCUCCAUCCUCUUCUUGAGGAAGGGUGCAUUGAUGAUCAGCCACUGCCUCACAAGAAGGUUGGAUUCAUUGGUAUAUCUAAUUGGGCUUUAGACCCAGCAAAGAUGAACAGAGGAAUAUUUGUUUCUCGAGGUGAUCCUGAUGAGAAAGAGUUGAUUGAGAGUGCCAAGGGCAUUUGUUCUUCUGAUGCAAUGAUCCUUGAGAAGGUGAGGGAUUUCUUUCAGCCUUUUGCUAGAGCUUACCUCAAAAUCUGCAAGGAAGAAGGAAAAGGUUUUUUUGGCCUGCGUGACUAUUACAGCUUGAUAAAGAUGCUGUUUGCUAUUGCCAAAGCAUCAGAUCAAAAGCCAAGUGCAGAUCAGAUUGUGGAGGCUGUGUUGAGAAACUUUAGUGGUAAAGACACUGUGAAUUGUGUCACUGUUUUCACCAACAGGCUUGGCUAUAAACCUAACCUGGAAACCAUUGAUACCAUUGAGCUUGUGAGACAAAAUAUCACAGCAAUUGCUCAAGAUGAGGAGUGCCGCUACCUGCUCAUUCUAACAAAAAAUUAUGCAGCUCUACAGAUUCUUCAGCAAACAUUCUUUUCUGAUCAGUACCAACCUGAGAUCAUCUUUGGCUCAAGCUUCCCUAAAGACCAACAGUACACCCAGAUUUGCCGCAAUAUUAACCGUGUCAAGAUUUGCAUGGAGACAGGUCAAACCGUCGUGCUUCUGAAUUUGCAAAACCUCUACGAAAGCUUAUAUGAUGCACUCAAUCAAUACUAUGUUUGCCUUGGAGGUCAGAAGUAUGUGGAUUUGGGCCUGGGAACCCACCGGGUCAAGUGUAGAGUACACAAGGACUUCCGGCUCAUAGUGAUUGAAGAGAAGGAAGUUGUCUACAAACAAUUUCCCAUUCCUCUGAUUAACAGGUUGGAGAAACACUAUCUGGACAUCAACACUGUGCUGAAGAAUGAACAAAAGCAGCUUGUAAAAAUGCUUGAAAAAUGGGUUGGCCAUUUCAUUACAUCUAACAGUCAGCAUUCACCUGCUCCCCAGGCAGCACAAUACUGCCCAGCUGAUGUUUUCAUUGGAUAUCACUCUGACACCUGUGCUUCAGUCAUCUUGCAAAUUAUGGAAAGACAGAAAGAAGAGAUGGAACUUUCAGACCCUGAGCGGCAGCUGUUGGAUGAAGCCAAACUAAUCCUACUGAACUGUGUUACACCAGAUGCAGUGGUGCGACUAGAUAGUUCAGCGCUGUCCAGAGUGGAAAGUGAGCACCUCGCAAGGGUGUAUUUUGAAGCGCAGAAGCACAGCUGUAUGGCUGACUUUAUCUUCUCUCACAUCCAGCAGGAAGAGUGGAACCAUGCAUCUUUCACAGAGGUGACUACCUUCUCCAGACUUCUAACAGCAUCAGACAUUGGGCAGCUAAAGGAAGUGGUUCCAAACAUCGAGCUACUUGCACUACAACAGUUUGAUACAGAGCAUUCUUUCCUUAAGAAAAUCAGGAGCUUUUUAGACAGUACCUUUGGGAACAAGAUACUAAUAAUUCAGACUGAAUUUGAUGAAGCCUUACAAAGCUCCAACCUCAUUGCAUCCGCAAAAUACUCCUCUAUUGGUGAAAUCAACAAAUUCCGGAAGGAGCAGGCGAGCAAGGUGUUUGUUUACUUCAUUACCAAACUACCAAGAGUGGAAGGUGGUACUUCUUAUGUUGGAUUUCAUGGAGGCCCCUGGAAAUCAGUCCACAUUGAUGACCUUAGAAGAUCUAAAGAUAUUAUCUCUGAUAUUAAAGCCUUGCAGUGUCUUACCAUCAGUCAGCUCUUUGAGGAAAAGGAAGAUAAGCCUGAGGCUAUGGAGACAGAGGACAUGUAUAGAGAAGGAGAAGAAGUAGCUGAAAAAAUGGAUCAAGAGGACAAUAUAAGCUGGGAAAAUGUUCUAGAUACCACAGCCCUGGUGCGAAGCUGUGUUCAGAGUGCAGUGGGUAUGCUUCAAGACCAGGGGGAUGCAGGUUGUCGAAGCACUAGAAGAGUAGAAAUUCUGCUAACUCUACUGUCUGACAGCGAGGAACUUCAAGCAACAUUUUUGAAAACCAUAAAGCGCCGUCUUCAUGCUCUGUUGAUGAACCAUGAUGAACACACUCUCUCUGCAAAGAACUGGGUUUUCAAAGAAGCAUCCAAUAUUGAUUCCCUUCAAGAGGGUGGGACAUUCAGAAAUACCUUGUGGAAGCGGGUUCAAGCUGCAGUUAUUCCUUUCCUGGCACAGCUGGUGUCAGUUAUUGACCAUGACCGCAAUCUCGACAUCUUGCUAGAUGAAAACUCGGGUGGAUCAGUGAAAAAACUGUGGCUGGACAUCUUUGGAAAUGUCAAGUUUUUAAAUGUUGCAUAUACAAGAGUGGAUUCCAACUCAGUGACAAAGACAAUUCUUGUCCAGAACAGCAUUGUGGUUCAUAGGAAUACAGGCUGCCUAAUGCCGUUUAGCUGGAUAAUCAAGGAUUAUCUAGAGGAACUCUGGGUGCAUGCUUUGCACAGAGAAGGCCACACACUGAAACAGUUUGAAGAAUUCUUUUGGAAGACCCCACUAGGCCGGUAUAUCGCAGACACUAAACAAGAAAUGCAGGUGGAGUUUUUCUACAGAUAUCUUCAGGAUUUCAUCUCGUUGACAACAACAAUAAGUACAGAGGUUGAACUAGAGCUCUUAGUGGGAGCUCUGACAUGCUGUGUGAAUGAAUUGAGAAGCCGUGAGGAGGCAGUGCAAAAUGAUGUGACCUCUUUCACCUGGAUCCAUGCUGCCUACCAUGAGUUUAAGAACCGCCUGCAGAACCUCUCCAGAAUGAUCACCAUUGAGCCCCAGAUUGCUCAGGUGCUCCUGGACAAAGCAGAGUCCAGAGUUGGGAUGGAAAUGGUGUUAGAUGUGUAUGCUGCCAUGGCCUGUGUUGAAUAUCUGGAGCCCCAAGGUCUAUAUGCUUUUACAAAUUGUGAGGCUUGGCUACGACAGGUGAAGAAGUUACAGGUCCCAAUUGAAUUGGUGUGCUCAGAGGAGAGCAUCCGGCACUAUGGAGAAAGGAGCAAAACCCUUAUUUCCCAUGUCCAACAUGGGUGGCGACGUAUCCAUGCCCUUUCGCUAUUUGUUGAGCACAUACUUCUAGGUAUAGAGGAUGUGGAGAAGGCGCUCAACCCAUUGGUCCUGGAGCACACACGACGGCUGGCUCAAGUUUUGCAAGAGAACUCUGACCUCAAAAAGAAACAGCCAUUUGAGGCAGUUAUUACCAUUCUCAAAGCCUGCAAAGAUGGAGCAAAUGAUCGGAUUUUUAGGUUUGGUUUCCAGCCAUGUCCAGUAUGUAUGGGAGACCCUCAUGAUCCUCUGAGUCUUCCUUGUGAGCAUAUCUACUGUCUAGCCUGCAUUAAGCAGUGGCUGAUUCCAGGACAGAUGUACUGCCCACUCUGCAUGCAUGGAGUAGAUGAUGACUUUGACCUAAAGCCAUCUGAGUCCAUUCGGACCCUGAUUAAAAAAAAUGGCCGCUUCAGAAAGCAGUGCAAUGCCUUCUUCAUUGACCUUGUCUCCACCAUCUGCUUCAGAGACAACUCGCCACCCAAUAAAGCCAUCAUCCACCACUUGCUGUCCUUCCUCAUGGUGGAGGCAGACUCUGUGCCCAGAAUCCGAGGCUGUGAUCGACAGUUUUUGACCAAGGCUCUGUCUCCAUUUGAUGAUGCUGUGGACAAAAACCCUGUAGUGCGGUCUGUCGUGCUCAAACUGCUGCUCAAGUACAGCUUUGCUGAUGUGAAAGGCUACCUUCAGAAACAUCUCACAGGAGUGGAGCAGAGUAACAUCCUGGAGAAAGCUGAUAAAACUGAGCUUUAUUGUCUGUAUAUAAACUGCCUUGAGGACUCUAUGUUUGAGCGGACCCAGUGGCAUUCUGUGGCUGAGCAGCAGGCUUGUCUGUUGGAGGAGAAGAAUUUUCUGCUGGAAUUCUUGUAUAGUGGGGCUGUGGUUACUGAAACUGUGACCAUAGAGCACCUACAACAAGUGGCCAGAACUCGCCUUUGCCUAGAUAUGGCAGCAGAUCUACUAGUCAGCAGAAGCUCAACUGCAGAUGCUCAGAAGGAGAGCUCAGCUGGAGUGGCUGCAUUCUUGGAUUCAGUGCAGGAUCUGUGCAAAAAUAGUAAGAAUGACUGGUACAGGGUCUACCUCAUCCGAAAAAUAUGUAGUCUUAAUGGAGUAGAAUACAUCCAGAAGCUUCUAUAUGAAGAUCAGCUUAGCUGGCUGUUUCCUCAAGAGCUUCUCCAGAUGAGAAAAGACAGUAGCCAAAUUGACCAGUAUCUGGUCUGUGGUGUGGAUUACAAAGCUAUCCGAGAUGGUGUUGCCAAGGCCAUGUUAGAAGGGAAAAUGGAAAAAAUCGAGGAAGCCUGUGAGAUUUGCAGAUGUUCACCUGCGAAGAAGAGUGUAUACAUUUUAUUAGCUCUGUUUAGAGAGGUCACCACUUUGUACAGAGCUAAAAAUCCCAAUAUGUAUCCUACACCUGAACAAUUGGCAGCACUUGAAGAUUUCAUCAAUAACUCUAAAGUCUUUGUUGUGCCAGAAUCCAGGGCCUUUGCUCAGGCUCUGGUGCAUAACCAGUUGCCUGCCCUGCAUUUACAUCCCAAUUUAUCGGAGCUCACUGUUCACCUGGCAGCAGUGCUUCUCUGUGUAAACCAAGCAGUGUUGCAGCCCCUCUUACAGCUUGCUUUCUUUCCCACCAACAUGCAGAGAGCCUUUUUACCCACCAUGCCAGAUGACAUGCUUGCUGUUGCCCAGCAGGCCAUGGGGCAUCUGCAGUGGUAUUAUUGUCCAAAUGGUCACCCAUGCACUGUUGGUGAGUGUGGCCAGCCAAUGGAGAAGAGUCGCUGUAUAGAUUGCAAAGUAGAGAUAGGAGGUCUUGACCACAGACCUGUCCAAGGCUUCAACAUACUUGCAUUACAAGGGGACCGCACACAGACGGGGCACAUCCUGGGGGAUCCACAACGCAGAGAUCAGCCAGAUAUGCAGGACACAAAGAAUAUGUCUCCUGCUCCAUUCACCCUGCUCAGGAUGCUUACACAUAUGGCCAUGCUAUUGGGAGCUUCUAAGCAGCCCCAGGAUCUGACCGCAAUCAUUAAACCCCCUGUGCCCCAACCUGGGACGUUUCUUAUGGCCCACCUGCAGAAGGAUAUUGAGCAGCUAAUGAGAACUCUAGGGAAGGGGGCAGAUGACACAGUUUGUACCAUCCAUCUGACCAUCUGCAGUCUGCUAGAACCCCAUCAGCCCAGUCAGUGGCCAAUACCUUAUGAUAAUCUGCUCUCAACGAAAGAUGCCAGAAAUAGCUGGGAGAUGACGAUGACCACUGAUAUUAUCACCAGCCAGCUGAAGGUUUUGGAAACUCAGCUGGCAAAAGUAAACACCUUCAUCAGAGAUGAUGAGAGGGUUUCAUCUAACCCAGUGAUGAAGGUGGCUUAUGGAGAGCCACGGCGGUUCCUACGCACUUUACCUCAAGGUUCUUUGAUUCAUGGCUCUUCUGUGUGGAGCUGCAGGCAACGUGUCUCUGUUUUGAGCCUGGGCCACAUUUUGGAGCAGAAUGAAGGCAGGGACACACUUCCCAUCCUCUGGAAGUUCUUACAGAAGGAGGCAGAGUUGAGGUUGGUGAAGUUCCUCCCAGACAUUCUUGCUCUCCAGAGGGAUCUAGUGAAGAAGUUCCAGAAUGUGAUGGAGCUUCAAUGUGGCACUAUAGCACAGUUCCUGCAGAACCUGAAAGCAGCAUCCUUAAUGACUUCAUAUAAAAAACGUAUUGAUAUCUUCCUGUCCACAUGGAACCAACUGAGAGGAUCUCUGGGUACAAAUGGAGAGAUCAAGCUCCCAGCUGAGUACUGCCAAGAAGACCUACACCUUAAUUCUGACCUGCAAGUGCUACUGCCACGAAGACAGGGUCUGGGUCUGUGUUCCACUGCUCUGGUCAGCUACCUAAUUGCCCUGCAUAAUGAUUUAAUCUAUGCUGUGGCCAAGCAUACUGGAGAAGAAAAUAGUUACAUAGUGAGUCCAGCAGACCUGACAGAGCUCCAUGUGAUCAGAUAUGAGGUAGAACGAGAUCUGCUACCUCUGGUGCUUUCCAACUGCCAGUACAGCAUGGAGUGUGGCCGUGAGACACUGUCCGAGUAUGACCUGCCCAAGAUCCAGCAGCAACUCCUCGCACGCUUUCUACAGGGCAAGCCAUUACUCAGCCUCAAUGGAAUUCCAACUCUUGUAAACAGACAUGACCGAAAUUAUGAAAAUAUCCUCCAGGAUGUGAAAGGCAAAGUUCAGCAAGAGCCUUUGUCUUCACUAAGCCAGUCCACACUGUCCGUGGAGCUGCAGUCCUACAGUGACGUGUGUGAGGCGUUGUCCACUGUGGAAGUGGCCUUGGGCUUCCUGGCCAUGACUGGAGGAGAACCCAACAUGCAGCUGGGUGAUUACCUGAAGGAAGAACUCCAAAUGGCUGACCACAUAGCCCUGCAUGUAUUUAAGGCUCUGAGUAGGUGCUGUCUGAAACACUGUGUGGCUUUGUGGCAGCUUCUCAGCUCUCUCAAAUCUGAGACAAUGCUACGCCUAAAGAGGGACCCAUUUGUAGGGAUAAGUAAGGAGUAUAAGAAAACUCUGGGAGAGAAGGAAAAGAGACUGCUUACUGGCUUCUUCACAAAGACCAGUGCAGACUCGUUUUUGCUGGAAAUGCACGAGUUUCUGCUGCUGGUCUUAAAGCACCCCAAUGCCACGGACACCUAUAAGCCCAACUGGAGUGUGAAAGACACUAUGGUGUCGUACAUGGAGCGAAAAGACAUGGAUGUCCCUCCAGAUGUGGAGGAGCUGUUCCCUGAUGAGAUACUUUUAGCCCAGUACAUUGAGGCCUGGAAGUUCUCCAUUCUACUUAAGCAAGAGCGAAUGCAAAGAUAAAGCCCACAUCACAAGUUUCUCAUCAUCACUCUUCUAUAACUCCAUAUAUCAGUUUACUAUCUCAGAAUUGCAUUUCUUUACAAUCAUCAUAUUUAAGCAGCAUUUUCAUAUCAGGUGCCUGUGGGGAAAAAAAGUGCCACUUGGUUGCACAUUAAAGUGCAAUGUAAUAUAUAAUUAUAGUUUGAUUUUGCUGCUGAAGUAUUAGCAUAAUAGAAAUUUGUGCUAAAAAAUUCCAGUUUAAAAGGCUGGAAAUAUAAACGAGCUAUAGUUUGCACAACAACAAUGCGUCUUCCUGUUUCCACAGGUAAACGAAUGAACGUUCAUACAGUCUGUGAUAAUUCCUUUUGUCAGCAUUCUCUAUUAUUUCAUUAUCCUUUCACAGCUUAUUUGUCACCGACAAUCUGUUUACACUUAUUUUCUUUGGGUUUUGCUCGGCAGAAUCUUUUCCCAUAUAUGUACUGAUCAGGGUACAAGUGAAAUAGUCAAAAUUUAUACUCAGGGACAUUUUGAAAAUUACAUUAGCUCUGGGAUUAAAUUGGAAAAAAGAAAAAAAA